CCUAGAGGCCGGGAAGUCGCUGCCUUCUGGCACCGGCUGGGCGGGACUGGCAAGGCCCCAGAAUGCUGUCUUCCGGGGAUACCCCUACCGGAGGACCUGUGGCUCAGAGACCCAGCCGAGCUCGUGGCUGGGGCUACACCUUCUGGCAACAUCAGGGACAUGGGAAUGAAAGGUGCCAGGGUGGAGCCCAGUGUGUGAGUCGGCCCCCAGACUGGCACCAGUGGACUAAGUCUAGGAAAGUCCGGUGCCCUGAGCUGACCCGAAACACACCGGUGGACAAAAUCCGGUGCCCAGCGGAGGCGCGCCCGCCCCGAGGGCGUGGCCGGGGCGGGGCCCGAGUCCUCCGGGCAGGUGCAGGGGGUGGUGCCCGGUCCUGCCCCCGAGGGCCGUUCUUGGAGGCCAGGGGUUGGGUCAGAGACACGACUGGUGAGGGCGACGCCCUGGAACCCGCGGACGGCGACUGCAGCCACAGGUGCCCUGCGUCCCAGCUGUGGCCAUCAAAACUCCGGCGCUAGAAACUCACUUUCGAGCUGCUCCCAACCCUGGACACCGAGGCCCCCGGGCCGGAGAGUGGAGCCCUGGGGUCGCCCGAAGAGCGGGGCCCAGAGCCCCCGGGGUCAGACAGCGAAGUCCCUGGGCGUGUCGCAGGGCAGGUAACCUAGGUCCCCAGGACAGGCGGCGAGGUACCCGUGUCCUCUGCAUAGCAGGACGAGGAGACCCACAAGCAAGAGAGCAAAGUUGCUUGAGCCAUUAGCGGGGCAAGACGCAGAGCUCCCGGGGCCGUGCCCACCUGGGAGCUUUGAGACUCCUGGGCCAGGCAGAGGCGACCCCGAGCCAUUCGAAACGCGAAGUGCCGGGGUCCUGGGAAGUUUCCCCCUCAGGAUCCCUAGACUUCCUUCUCCGGGUCAGACCUGGAAGCCCCCCAGCAGGGUUUCCCUCUGUUCCCUGAGACCCUCCCCCCCUCCGCCCAACAGUCCCAGAAUAGCCGCUCAUGGAGACGCCCAUCGAGCGCGAAAUCCGCCGCAGCUGCGAACGCGAGGAAAGCCUGCGCCGAAGCCGGGGCCUGAGCCCAGGUCGCGCGGGCCGCGAACUCGUCGAGCUGCGUUUGAGGCCGGUGCUCAGCUUGCCGGGUCCGGGCCCCGCGCUCCCGCGUGCCUUGGAGCGCGCGCGGGCGGGCGCACAGAUGCAGCGAGACAUCGAGCGGGAGGCCCACCGGCAGGCGGCGCUGGCGCGCCCCGCGACCCCGGAGUUGGGCUUCGGGCAGCCUCCACAGCCGCUGAACGAGCUCAAGCGCUUUUUCGAGGCCGCGGGUGAGUGCGGCUUCUCGCUGGCGUCUGAGGGAGGCGCGGGGCCGCAGCGGCUGCUGGAGCACGGAAGCCGGCAGCUUCCGGCUGUGCAGGGCCGGUGCCUGGUGCUUGCCCGCGCCCCGCCGCCCAUCGCGCCGUCACUGCUGGAACUGGAGGUGCGCGAGGCACAGGAGCGCGAGCGGGAGCUGCAGCGCCAGAGGCUUAGCGUCUAUGGCACCGCGGAAAUCAAGGAGCCCGCACCGAGCCUAAUGGCGAUCAGGGGCGAUGGAAAGCUGGCAGUGAUCUGGCCUCCCCGCAGAAAGGCUUCGGAGAACGGCCUGGAGCAGGAGGAGCGGAAGCCUUGAGGUUAGAGCGGGCUGGGGUCCCUGGCCGGAAAUAACAUGCCCGUCAGAGGACGGAAGCGCCCAGGAGUGCCCUCUGGAUAAGCAGAAGUCCUGGAGAGGAGCCAGAGGUCUGCACCGGGGAAGAUGAACGCUACCAGCCCAUCCUUAACUUGACUUUGUGAAAUUAACCAGUUUCUCUCUAAAACUGUUAUUCCCCACCCAGCCAGUGAAACUGUCCAGCCCUUCUCCACCUAACUGCAAACCAAGCUAGGUUCUACCUCCGGCCUUGACUGUUAGAGGACCGGGGUCACCGCCUCAGCUGUCCCCAGUCCCCAAUAAACUUUCUUCCUUCUGGGCA